CAGGCAAAGGAGCCCUUGUGGCUGGGGCGCGCGGGCCAGGCCUCCUCCUCCGGCACACACACCUCCAUUCAGCACGGCCCCGCCCCGGGGACUUGGGGGCUGGGGCUGCUGUCCCCACCUCAGUGGGGUCCGCCCGGCCGGAAGGCUGGGCGGGCAGCGGGGUUGAUAAGACGGGGACCCGCUGGCCCCCACCACUGUGCCGGCCGCUGUCCCUGCUGCCACAAUCAUGAGGGUUGUCUCUGGCACCAGCCUCGUGCUCUGCGGCCUGCUGCUGCUGCUCCAGCCUCCACGGAACCUCGGCCUCACCCCCCAGUCCAGAGGGCACCUCUGUCGGACGCGGCCCGCGGACCUGGUGUUCGUGGUGGACAGCUCCCGCAGCGUGAGGCCCGUGGAGUUUGAGAAGGUGAAGGUGUUCCUGUCCCAGGUCAUCGAGUCGCUGGACGUGGGGCCCAAUGCCACCCGGGUGGGCGUGGUCAACUACGCCAGCGCCGUCAAGCAGGAGUUCCCGCUGCGGGCCCACAGCUCCAAGGCCGCGCUGCUGCAGGCGGUGCGCCGCAUCCAGCCGCUGUCCACAGGCACCAUGACCGGCCUGGCCCUCCAGUUCGCCAUCACCAAGGCCUUCAGCGACGCGGAGGGCGGUCGCUCCAGGUCCCCCGACAUCAGCAAGGUGGUCAUCGUGGUGACGGACGGGCGGCCCCAGGACAGCGUGCGCGACGUGUCUGCAAGGGCCCGGGCCAGCGGCAUCGAGCUGUUCGCCAUUGGCGUGGGCCGCGUGGACAAGGCCACACUGCGGCAGAUGGCCAGCGAGCCCCAGGACGAGCACGUGGACUACGUGGAGAGCUACAGCGUCAUCGAGAAGCUGUCCAAGAAGUUCCAGGAGGCCUUCUGCC